GACUCUAGCUCUCUGUGGGUGUUGAGAUAUUCCAAUGAAUACCAGGCCUGGAUACCAGUUCAGCAAUGAAGAUGGUGACUGAAUUAAAGAACUUUGCGUCAUCUUCCAAAAUAUAGUUUGGUGCGUCAUGGGUGACUCAUUUGUAACAGGUUUCAGUAAAUAAUUUUUGGUAGCAUUUCUAUGUUGAAGAUUAAAACAUAAUUUGGUGCAUUUCCCCCCACAUUCCAUUCAGUUCGCUUUAUUUUUUAUAAUAUAUUACACUUGCUCUUUCUUGAAUAAGUUACGCCAUUUCUUUUCCCCCUCCCCCUAAUGUAUUCUGUGCCUCUACGGUUUAUUGCUGUCUGUACUCGGAGUCCCUCUAAUUCCUUUGUUAAUAGAAUUUAUUUUGACCUUGCUUUUGUUUUAGAGAUGAGUACUGAAUUGCAUGGCAUCUAAAGGCACAUUUACAAGUGUCCCAUUCAAAUAGGGGGACCUGCUGUACCGAUGUUAUGUCAGGAAAAGUAAGCAAUCUGUCCUGGUAAAAAAAUGUUGUCAUCCAAUAGGCUUUGAUUACAUUUCCAAUAUCCUUGCCCAUGUGGAAAUUCUGUAAGAGUAAUAUUUAUGCCAAUUAUGUGAUGAUCCGACCGCAUUCUGUCUGCUAUCAACAAUUAACUUUUGGUGGCAGCGAGAAUGACAUAAGAAAGUAGUCAAGAUGACGAGCUUGAUCGAGCCUCCGCCAUGUAUAUCUCACUAACCUCCAUAUUUCCACUAGUUCCAAUAUAUCCAUGGUAUUUGUGAUUUCCUUAAAUUCAGAAGGGCGCUAGUUUGUUGUGUGAUUUCGUGCCACACCCGUUGAAGUAGGCUGGCCAAAAAGAUAACAUAAUAUUAUAUAAACAAGAUGCUGUACUCCAGGCCACACCUGUAAAGUAGCCAAUACGAACUAUAGAGAGCAGCCAUUUCAAGAGUUACAGAAAACCCACGAGCUGGUAAACUACAGACUGCAGCUAUUUCAAGUGCAAACGCAAAGAAGAAGAUGAACAGAAAGGCAAGAAGUGAUCAUCAAAAUUCAGGGCUGCACUCUGACCUAAGGAUAGUUCUGGUGGGGAAGACUGGAGCAGGGAAGAGUGCAACAGGAAACACAAUCCUUGGGAUGGAAGAUGCGUUUAAAGCAGAGGCGUCUCCAGUGUCUGUCACUUCAGAGACUAAGAAGAACAUAGGAAAGGUGGAUGGGAUGAUGAUUGAAGUCAUCGACACACCGGGGCUCUUUGACACAUCAGUGGAUGCAGUGAAGAUGAAAGGAGAAAUAGACAAGUGUAUUGAGAUGUCAGUCCCAGGACCUCACGCCUUUCUGCUGGUGAUCAGACUGGGGCGGUUCACAGAAGAGGAGAGGAACACUGUGAAGUGGAUCCAGGACAACUUUGGAGCAGAAGCCUCAAAAUACACCAUGGUGCUGUUCACUGGAGAAGAUCAGCUGGGGAGGAAAACAGCUGAGGACUUUGUGAAUAAGAGUAAAGAGCUCCAGGCUCUCAUCGAUCAAUGUGGCGGCAGAUACCACUUUUUCAAUAACGUUAAUAGAGUUGACAACCCUCAGGUCAAACAGCUGCUGAAGAAGAUGGAGAAGAUGGUGGAGGAGAAUGAAGAAAAAUUCUACACCCAUGAGAUGUUCGAGAAGGCCCAGGAAAUACUGGACUGGGAAAAUACUACGGUUGUGAAAUUUUUAAAAUCGUGGCCUGUACCUUUAAAAAUAGUGACAACACCAUUAUGGAUCCCUUUUGUUCUGAAUCAGAAAAAAAAAAGAAUUGACAUGAAAAAAAAGCUCUCUGAUCUUCUAUGGGGAACGGAUAAGAUCAGGGAUGAGAUCAGAGAAAGGGCAGAUUUAUCGAAUCAAGAAAAUAUAGUGGACUCAGGAGCAAAUACAGGUUCUGAUGUUCUUGUUUCAACUCCAGCCACCACUGCUACCCCUAUCCUAGCCACUCCUACCCCAGCCAGCCCUAUCCCAUCCUCCUCUAUUCCGGCCACCCCUAUCCCAGCCUUCACCAUGUCAUCCACCUUUACAAUCACCAUUCCACCACUUGCAAAUGCAUAUCUUUAUCUGAUAGUGGGAGCUGUUGUAGUCUGCAUAUUUGCAGUAUUUGUAGGUCUAUCUUUGAUGGGUUAGAAGUUACAAUAGAUGCAGUGCAUUCAGAAAGUAUUCAGACCGCUUCUCUUGUUCCACAUUUUGUUACGUUACAGCCAGUUUCUAAUAUGGAUUAAAAAAAAUAUUUUCCUCUUCAAUAUACACACAAUUCCCCAUAAAGACAAAAUAAAAACAGGUUUUUAGAAAUGUUUGCAAAUGUGUGAAAAAUAAUAUUUACAUAAGUAUUCAGACCCUUUGCUAUGAGUCUCAAAAUUGAGUUCAGGUGCAUCUUGUUUUCAUUUAUCAUCCUUGAGAUGUUUCUACAACUUGAUUGGAGUCCACCUGUGGUAAAUUCAAUUGAUUGGACAUUAUUUGGGAAAGGCACACCUCCGUCUAGAUAAGGUCCCACAGUUGACAAUGCAUGUCAGAGCAAAAAUCAAGCUAUGAGGUUGAAGUAAUUGUCCGUAGAGCUCAGAGACAGGAUUGUGUCGAGGCACAGAUCUGGGGAACGGUACCAAAAAACGUCUGCAGCAUCGAAGGUCCCCAAAAACACAGUGGACUCCAUCAUUCUUAAAUGGAAGAAGUUUGGAAUCACCAAGACUCUUCCUAAAGCUGGCCGCAUGACCAAACUGAGCAAUCGGGGGAGAAGGAAGGGCCUUGGUGAGUGAGGUGACCAAGAACCCGAUGGUCAGUCUGACAGAGCUCCUCUGUGGAAAUGGGAGAUUCUUCCAGAAGGACAACCAUCUCUGCAGCACUCCAUCAAUCAGGCCUUUAUGGUAGAGUGGCCAGAUGGAAGACACUCCUCAGUAAAAGGCAAACAUUUAUAUUAACAUACAAUAUAUUCCUCUUAUAAUUAUAGCAUUAACUUUCUCAUCAGAUCAGUAUCUCAAUGCAUUCUUAGUCUAAAUGACUAUACAUUAUAAAGUGUGUAGACCUCCACAAUCAACCUGAUACCCCAAAAUAUACAAUUUUAGACAAGUCUAAAUCAAUGACGGGUACAGUUGGCCAACCCCCCCUUUCAUUCUUCUGGCGUCUCUUCAUUGUCUUCUUCAGAUAGCUUCACAGUUCAAAGUGGAUGGUCCAUGAUAAUGUCCCAAUUCCAAUGUGUCACUUGGACCGCCACCACCUUAUGUAUUUUCCAUUUGCUAACCAGUAUAUCAGCAACAUGAGAGAAGUUUAGAACGGAUCUCUCUCCAUGCUCCUCCACGUGGUCCUGUCGCACUCCUGAGAGAAAAGGCAUGAGAGAAAAGGCAUGAGAGAAAAGGCAUGAGAGAAAAGGCAUGAGAGAAAAGGCAUGAGAGAAAAGGCAUGAGAGAAAAGGCUGUUGAUACCUUCAACUGGAUACUGUGUGGGUUGCUGGCUCUGACUCAGGUCUCAUGGUAGAAGUGGUGAAGGACAGGGCCGUAGUGAACGCCAUUGUUGCCAUUACGUCACACUGGUUAGAGGGGGUUUGAGGCUCACACUGUUCUAGGCCAAAUGAUCCCUGCCAUGCAUCUAGAUACCACCUGGGGUCCCUAUCGCCAGAACCAGAACAACAGUUUAGUUUAGGGCAUUUCUGAUUCAAACAGAUCAGAUGAUACAGUGUCCCUUUUAAGUGGAAUAAACACCUUCUAGAAAAAAACCUUUCAAGUAAUCCUAUCUUUCCAACCUGUUGCAUUCAUUUAGUCUAAAUAUAAAACCUGUUGCAUUCAUUUAGUCUAAAUAUAAAACCUGUUGCAUUCAUUUAGUCUAAAUAUAAAACCUGUUGCAUUCAUUUAGUCUAAAUAUAAAACCUGUUGCAUUCAUUUAGUCUAAAUAUAAAACCUGUUGCAUUCAUUUAGUCUAAAUAUAAAACCUGUUGCAUUCAUUUAGUCUAAAUAUAAAACCUGUUGCAUUCAUUUAGUCUAAAUAUAAAACCUGUUGCAUUCAUUUAGUCUAAAUAUAAAACCUGUUGCAUUCAUUUAGUCUAAAUAUAAAACCUGUUGCAUUCAUUUAGUCUAAAUAUAAAACCUGUUGCAUUCAUUUAGUCUAAAUAUAAAACCUGUUGCAUUCAUUUAGUCUAAAUAUAAAACCUGUUGCAUUCAUUUAGUCUAAAUAUAAAACCUGUUGCAUUCAUUUAGUCUAAAUAUAAAACCUGUUGCAUUCAUUUAGUCUAAAUAUAAAACCUGUUGCAUUCAUUUAGUCUAAAUAUAAAACCUGUUGCAUUCAUUUAGUCUAAAUAUAAAACCUGUUGCAUUCAUUUAGUCUAAAUAUAAAACCUGUUGCAUUCAUUUAGUCUAAAUAUAAAACCUGUUGCAUUCAUUUAGUCUAAAUAUAAAACCUGUUGCAUUCAUUUAGUCUAAAUAUAAAACCUGUUGUUUAACAAAUCUAGGACCUUUAAAAACGUUGGUGCGGUCUUAUCAGCUUAAUAUUCAGUACUAAAACAUUUACUUGGAUCUACUUUAACUUGAAACACUGUUCCACAUAAUGGAAACCAAUUAUCAUUGUUAUAUAUUCUUGCUUAAAUCACUGGUGAAGUUGUAAAAAUCAUCUCCCAUUCUUCUGCACCAAAUGUCCCACUGUGUCACUUACAGCCCG